AUGACGGUGAAAGACUUCAGCCCGCCCACAGCUCAGGCUUUUAAAAAGCUCCAAACGCACUGCGACUUCUUCCUGAAGUCUUUCACUUUCAUCUUUCCCCAGGCAUCAUUCAGCAGAGUCACCAUGAGUAAUGUAAUAGUGCAGAACAUGUCCUUUAAACCAGGACAGACCCUGACUGUAACCGGAGUCGUGCAAACUGGCGCCAUGCAUUUUGCUAUCAACAUAGGGACCAGUUCUGAGGAGCUCGCUCUGCACGUGAACCCUCGCUUCGAAGCCCAUGGAGAUAUCCGCACUGUGGUGUGUAACUCGUACCAGGGGGCCUGCUGGUGCGAGGAGCUCAGAUCAGACAACUUUCCCUUUAAUCACGGCGAGGAAUUUAAGAUAAAGAUCACGUUCAACAAUGAGGAGUUUAAGGUCCUUCUCACGGAUGACUCCGAGAUCGUGUUCCCAAACCGCCCUGGUGGUGAGGAGUACAGCUACAUGAGGUUCGAUGGCGAGGCUCAAAUCUACAGCAUCGAGAUCAAGUAGACAUCAUCGCUGUGAAUGUGUUAGUGUGUUCUCUAACCUGGCUGAUCUGUGCACGCUUCCCCCCCGCUGCCUUACACCGCACUGUGGCACCGCGCAACUAAAGCGCGUGAACCCGAGAGAGCAAACACCCUCAUUUCUCUCGGCAUAAUCAAGAUCAUAUUUACGGCGAUGCUUUCACUUGCGGUUAUAACAUCAUUCCAAAAAAUUAAAGGUAAAGAAACGCAUGCAGUUGCAUUUAAACUGUGAUUAGUAGUUAAAACCAAAUGAAGUUCUUUUAUGUUGGCGAUGUUCUGCUGCUGGUUUCUUUGAAAAUAAAAUGAAAAUAAAAUAAA